CAUGUGGGCGGGCUUGGCUCACUGCGGAGGAAGCGGACGUGGCGGGGCCGGGGCUCGGGCGGCGGGGAUGGCGCCGCAGCUCGGCCCGCACGAACUGCUGCACGUCUUCUCCUUCCUGGAAGCCCGCGACCUGCUGCGCGCCGCGCAGGUGAACAAGGUGUGGAAUGAGGUUUCGAUGACCAAGGAGCUGUGGAGCCCUUCCUGUCCAAGAUGAUACUCCCAGUACAGCAAAGGUUCAGAAAGCACAUGCGCCUCAAUCCCACGCAGACAGUGGAAUCCUGCGCCACACACUACAGUUCUUACACACUGAGUCGGACACGUGGGUGUCUAUGGGUGCCUUGCUCAGGGUUUCUGUUGCUGUAACAAAACGCCAUGGCCAGAAAGCAAGUUGGGAAGUAAAGAAUUUAUUUAGCUUCUGCAUUGCUGUUUAUCACUGGAGGAAGCCAGGACAAGAACUCAAACCGGGCAGCAGCUGAUGCCAGGGCCACAUGGAGGGUGCUGCUUACCUUACUGGCUUGCUUCCCAUGGCUUCCUCAGCCUGUCUUCUUAUAGAACCCACGACCACCAGCCCAGGGCUGGCACCACACACCGUGGUCUGGGCCCUCCCGAACUGAUCACUAAUUGAGAAAAUGCCUGACAGCUGGAUCUCAUGGAGGCCUUUCCUCAGCUGAGGCUCCGUCCUCCCUGAUGACUAUAGCUCGUGUUAAGUUGACCCACAACCAGCCAGUACAGUGGGUGUAUAAGUUAGGAGAAGAGACACUCUGCAGUGAUGGUGUCAUACGACUGUGAAGGGCAUCUUUCCCAUCUGACCACAUUCUCCUCUUCCUGAAUUGACUGAUGCUGGGUGGCGGCAGAGGAUUCUCAGUGAGCUUCAGUACAUGCCAGUUCUGGAAGCUGCCCUCAGUAAGGCCUCCCCAGCCAGACUGCCGCUGUCCUUGCACUCGACCCCUUGACCCCCGUAGAACUUCAGACAGUAGCUUGAAUCCACAUGAAGAAACAAACACCAGCAAAGGCAGCUGUGUCUGAGACGCUGGGCCUCCUGCAAAGCCUUCCCAAUGGUCGUGGGCACACAGACGUGGAAACAAUACUAUUUCUGCCGGUCUGAGCUGGAGUUCCGUGUGGAAUCCGGGCGGCCACAGGACUUCAUCUGCAAAGCUAUUUCUGGGCACACAGGAAAGAUAGAUGAGCUGGCCUACGUCUCGCCCCACGAGUACCGCUUUGAUGACAGGGCCAGGUCCGUGGUUUGCACUGUGUCUUCAGACUGUACUGUGCGUGCCUGGGAUCUACGUGAGGGCACAGAGAUCUGGUCCAGUCCUGUGCAGCCUGCUCCUCUGGUGACUUUGGUGGCCUAUCCUCAGCUGCAGCUGGUUGUCACAGUGGACGUAGAGGGCUUGAUCAUGGGGUGGAAAGCAGAGACGGGGGCUGAGUGGGCCUCCUUCAGCUUACCAACCUCCUGUUCGUCAAUGGAGGCCUGUGACCACCCCGAUGGCCCCUUCCUGCUGGUAGCCUGUGCUGAAGGGAACCUCUAUACUCUGACAGUACCACAGCUGCAAGUGGUCUCCAAGGUGGCCACAUUUCCUCGUGCCUCUGUGAGCCUCUCGUGCUCACCUGACCAACAGUGGGUGUUUGUGUCUGCACAAGGCUCAGACAUGGGCCCGAAGCUGUUCUACACUCAGCCCCUGCUACACCCAUCAGAAGACGGACUUCCUGUCUCCACCACUCUCCCGGUCAGGCUGAGCUCCAGAGCCUGCUGGGCUCCUGAUGAGGCGGCCAGGCUGAUGGUGCUGCACAGGGAUGAUGGCGGCAUGCACCUGGUGAUCACUACCUUCGAGUUAAAGACCAGCAAGUCCAGGGACAGAGUGAGCAUCCUGGCACAACAGCUGGCCAGCUUCCCCUUGCCAGACACCGUGACUCCUCACCUCAUGCAGGGCCACGGCUCCCAAGUGAUCCUGCUGGCCUCCAGGUCGGAACUGGUGCUGUUCACCAUCCAUGGCCUGCAGCUGGUGGCCUUCCAGGACCACCAGAAGCCCAUUACGUCUAUGUGGGUGGAUCUGAACUGUGUCAUCACCUCUGCCUUGGACCUGUCCCUGCGUGUCUAUGUGUGGAAUAAGGAGAGCACAUCUCCUGUCCUCAAGAGCUGCUAUCAUUUGCUUGGAGGAUCUCACAGAUGGGCCAGUGGAUUUACCCAUGUGAAAAGCGACAGCGUGAGCAUCGCCGGGGUGGAAGCCAGAAGCACCGGAACAAGUAUUCUGAGGUCGUAUUGCUACAGAGUUCAGCUUAGCGCCACCAGCUGAAGCUGCUCUCACCUUGGGUGCAUGCAGACUCUACCAAAGAUAUGUCACCUUUGGGGAAAGAGCUACUGAGAGCUGUAUUCUCGCAGGAGCCAGUGAAGUAGAUUCUGUUGCCUUGUGUUUCACUGUCCUGCCCCGAGAAACAAAGGAGAGUGAGUACCAUCCCUGAGGCUUCUCAGGUUGCUGGUCACAGACCGUGGACUGUUUGUGGUAGUGCUACACAGCCUGCCGGCUUGCAGUGUCAGGAUCGCUGCAGAGUUGUUUUUGUUAUGGAGAAUGUCAUUAAAAUAUCUUUAUCUGCCUGUGCC